AUGCCCGCGAUCCUGCAGGUUUCCCCCGCCCCUCCGCGGCGGUCCACCUCCAGCGACGGCGACUUCAAAGAGGACGACCCGCUCUUCAUGUCGGUGGACUUCCGCAUGUACUGCUACAAGGUGCUGCCGUGCGGGAAACGCUUCUGCCACGACUGGUCCACCUGCCCGUUCGCCCACUUCUCCGAGCGCGCCAAGCGGAGGGACCCCCGGGGCGUGAAGUACACGGCGAUCGCCUGCCCGGAAAUGAAGAAGGGGGAAGACUGCCCACGCGGCGACAAGUGCCCGUAUGCGCACAACGUUUUCGAGUACUGGCUGCACCCAACCAGAUACCGCACCCGCAUGUGUCGCGACGGCACAUCGUGCACCAGGAAGGUGUGCUUCUUUGCUCACAAGCCGGAAGAGCUUCGGGUGCCUCCCUGUCGGCCGUCUCUCCCCAUAGCUGACGAUGCCUGGGACGGGUUUGGCAGCGAGGACACAGGAAUGCCCGCAACAGUGGAAGAGACUGCCGCAAAGAUGUCAGGGGUGGGGAACAGUGCGGUGCACAGGAGGGCCCUCUCCGUGCCUCUGGAAUUCCUGGCAAACAUCCCUGGGCAGGGAACGGACCCCUUCAAGGUGGAACGUCCCCCACCAAGGGCAUGCUCUAUGUCAGAGAGCCGCACCUGCGAUGCCAACACACUCAACUCACUGCUGCAAUCCAUGGGUCACCAGGCACCCCAGCUGCCUGUGGCCGCUGACACCAACGCUGAGGACAUGACUCGCACACUCCUGGCGAACUUGUCUCUUUCAUCGAUGCCUGAAGUGCAUGGUCGGGGGCAAACCAGGAUGAUGCACCUGCCUCCCCGUGCCCCAGCCACCAGCUUUGGGGGCGUCAAUACUGCCAUCCAACCCAUGCUGGCCAGUGCCGCCCCCCCUGCAGUGUCCAUGGGUGCGCCCAGUCUUGGCAGUGGCCAGGUUGUUGACCUGCCCGUGGCAGACACCUACAAUCAAGGUGCCGGGUUCCUUCAUGGGGCGAUGUGUACCAUGCCCAGCCCCUUUCAGGACUUUGGUCAUGUGCAAGCUGAUGGGAUGGGUGACGUGGGCGGCUACGGUGUGGAAGACCUGGUGCAGGCCAUCCUGGCACUGCAACCACAGCAGCAGUGCGACAUGGGAAUGGCACCUGGGGUUGAUGGUUGCAACAGCGCAGGGGACGCAAGUGCAGCUGCAGCAUUGCUAUCUCAGGGCUGGCCUGGCAUUGGCCAGGGGCCUGGGGUCCAAGGGAACGUGUAUUAUCCACCAGCCAUCGGACUGGAGGGCGUCUCUGGACUGCUGUGA